CAAGCCUGACUUACCAGCAACUGCCUGCCAGGGCACCCACAACUCUACCAACGUCCAUUCAGCAGUGAUGAUGUGUUACGGAAUUCUUGUUCGCGCAGCAAAGUUUUCAUUACAGUUUAUGUUUGAAUUGGAGGACUAUUUUAAGAGGACCUUGGCUGCAGGUCAGCGUGCGGUAUUCUAAGAACAACAUGGGAAUUGUAUUUUGGAUGUUUUCUCUUCUGGCUCUUCCAGUCCUUCAGUCUGCCAAGAUCCUGACUGUCUGUCUAAUUGGAGGAAGCCACUACUUGUUACUAGAUGAAAUUUCUCACAACUUACAUCAGCAUGGCCAUGAGGUCCGCAUGCUCCUGCAGCUGGGCAACCCUGUGAUUACAGGUUUUUCCUACACAGGCCGUGCAGACAGUUACCAGACAAGCACCUGGUCCUUAGGGGAGAAAUACAUCAAAGAAUACAAUAACUGGUUCCUGGAGCAACAGAGACUGUUUUUACUGGGAAGGGAUACCUUUAAUAACUUUCUAAACUUCAUGGGGCACCUGUCCUAUCAGUGCGACAAGCUGUUAGGGGAUAAAGAGAUAAUAACUUUCCUCCAGAGGGAACGCUACGACAUCGCCAUCCUUGAUGCUUUUAACCCCUGCUCCUUCAUCCUGGCACACAAACUUGGUGUCAGCUACAUAGCUUUCUAUCCUGGCACUCUGAAUGGUCCUCUGUCCAUCGAUCUCCCCAGCCCAGUCUCCUACAUCCCAGUCUUCGGCUCCCAGCUGUCUGAUCACAUGAGUCUCUGGGGUCGUGCAAAGAACCUCUUUUAUUCUGUCUUGGCUCCUGUAGGCCAGGAACUCGUAUGGUCAGUGUUUAGGGAAGUAGCUGAACGCCACCUUGAGUCAGGUUCACUGCCUGGUGGUCUGGAGGAGUUACAUCGAGAAGCUGAACUCUGGGCCUUCAACACUGACUUCUCACUGGAGUUCCCCCAGCCUCUUAUGCCCUACACUGUGCUGGUGGGAGGUCUGCUGAAUAAACCUGCGAAGCCUCCAACACAGGAUCUGGAGUUGUGGAUCUCUAAUUUUGGAGAAGCAGGUUUCAUUGUAGUGACUCUGGGAUCAAUGGUCUCUUCCGUCUCAGUGGACCCUCUGCUUGUAGAGCUGGUGGCUGGCUUCUCGAGGAUCCCUCAAGGGGUGCUGUGGAGGUACGACCCCAAACGAUGGCCAUCUUACCUGGACAGACCUCCCAAUGUCAGGCUGUUGGACUGGCUGCCUCUAAAUGACCUGCUCGGCCACAAAAAAGCGCGUCUGUUUAUCACCCAUGGUGGACAAAACAGUCUGCUCCAGGCAGUGUACCAUGCUGUUCCUGUGCUGGGAAUCCCUCUGUUUGGAGACCAGUUUGAUAAUGUGGUGAGGGCUGAAACAAAGGGACUUGGCCUCGCCAUCAACCCCACGCACGUCACCAGGGAACUGCUCAGCUCCACUAUUCAAACAGUCAUACAGGACAUCAGGUUCAAGUCUUCAGCGUUGCUCCUGAGCAGGAUCCACAAAUCCCAUCCUGUCCCUCCAGCCCUUCGAUUCAUUCAGUGGGUAGAGCACAUCCUGCACAGCGGAGGUGGAACUCAUUUAAGGCCGGCAUCGCUGAUGCAACCAUGGUACCAGAGAUACCUGUUGGACUUGGUGCUUGUUCUCUUCCUGGUGCUUCUUGGACCUGUCAUUCUCUGCUGGACUUUCUGUAGGAACAAGAACAGCAGGGACAAACACAAAAAAACACAAUAGCUGUACUUAGUGUUUCCUCUGGGACACUCCAGAUUGAUACCUCAGCUCUGUGUUAAUUGUUUAUCUUGGACUUUAAAGUUGAACCAAUAUGGGAACUUUUAAAAAAUGAAUUCCUGCUACUCUAAAAUACUGCAAAUGUUCAAUAAAUAAACAGUACGUGCUGUAACUGUUUUAUACAAGUACACCUUUAAAUACAAAAAUUAGAUAAGUGAUAAUAGGCCUUCAUGUUAACGUAGGAGAUGUUUGCUUUGGCCAAGUGAUGAACUCAAACUCCUUUACCCCUGUAGCCCUACCAGGCCCAGAAAAGAUAUCUCUUAAAGAUCCAGUGUGUAUGAUUUAGGGGGAUAUAUUGGCAAAAAUUGAAUAUGAUAUAACACCUAUGUUUUCUUUAGUGUAAAAUCACCUUACAUAUAUGAAUUGUUGGGUUUUUUGUAACCUCAAAAUGAGUACUUAUGUCUACACAUGGAGCAGGUCCUUGUCCAUGGAGUCUGCCAUGUACCACUGCCAUGUUUCUACAGUGGCCCAGAGUCAACAAACCAAACACUGCGACAAGCCAAACAGUGUCGGAAAAACACAGAUUUUUAAUGUGAAACUGCUUUAUUCAGUGUUUAUACCAGUUUAAAUCACUGGGUCAAUUUGUUUUGGAGAGGACGAGACCUCCGCAUAUAAUUUGACUCCUGGUAAAAAUCUCCUGAACAAUGAACACUGAGGGAAUCCUAACUAGGAGUUCACACUUGGCACAUGUGUGACGUUUCAUCUGGUUGCAGUCUGCAGUCCUCACUGCUAAAUGCCUCUGAAUCUUACACACUGGACCAAGGACAAAAGCAUAACUUGGAAAAAGGUGGUUUUUUUCCCAGAACAUUCCCUUUCAUUAUCUAAAUGAAAGCUGCAAACUACUGCAAAGCUGAAAAAUUACACAAGUUUAAAAGUGGUAACAACAUUAGUGUGCAAAAAAAACUGCUGAUGCCAUCAAUAAUGUUGUUCAACUUUGCCUUUCAUUUUGAGUCCUUUCUCUACCCUGAAAGAUUUUCACUUUGUGUAUUUCAAGUUUCACUCCAGUGGAAUAUCCCUAAUGCCAAGUGUCCUGCCCUCUCCCCUCCCAGCGCCGUCAUGUCUACCAGACGUCUCAUUUGUACUGCAGCGCCACGUUGUCCAACACCUCCUUGCUGCUUUGACCUGGCUGUGCUGCAAGCAGGGGUGGUUGACAGUACUCAGGCAAACAUGCACAUACACCGUUAACUAAGCAACACUGAUGGGCUUUUGUGUCGUUGGAUUUGUCCAAAUUUAGCAUAUGAAUGUUGAGAAUGUUUUUGUGUUGCGUUGCUUUGUCUGGUUUAAUGAAGACAAAGAGACAGAAUAUACCUGAAUUCUUAAAGACAUGCUCUACCUGCAAAGUUUGUGUAUGCAUGUGUGUAUGUGUGUGUGCAUGUGUGUGUUUGGGGUAGCGUUAUGGUCUACUGGCUCUUCAAUGAUUAACCACCUGCAAGUCUCAACUCUGACCCCCACACCCUCCUCUUCUGGUUUCCACUGAGUCCCCUUCCUCUUUCUAAACAAGACACAAAAGCGAACAGCAAUGUUCACGGUCAGCGCUCAAGCCACUGUUGAGGGUAGACCAGGCCUUGGAGGACCCCCCCCCCCUCUGUCCUGUCCUCCCUUCCACUCUUCACAUCUGUGUUGGGGGUUAGCAGGGAGGAAAAUAUAGAUUAGCAAGGAAAUAAUGACCAAUUAGGACAGCUUGUUCCCUGUCCAUUCAGCUGUCCAUUCCUUCCCUGUAUUUCAUUUGUCUAUUUGUCUGGCAGUUGCAAGUGCCAGUGAGUCUUCCCCUGUCUCGCACGCUAUCCAAAACAGGCAGGGCAGAGCAGCCAAAGCAUUACAGGGCAAAAAAGAGCAAACAUUAAUGAAGCAGAAGAAGAAUACAUGAAUGGAAAAUAGAAUACAGGAAAAUCAUGGUUCAAGGGAGGAAACAGAAAAACAUAGCUGCCAGAAUAAGAAGAUAGAAGCAGUAGUGACCAGAAUAAAACAGACAACUUUCCAAAAAGUAAUAAACUGCCACUUUUGGCUGUUUUGAUACUGUAGCUGCAUUUAAUUUAGUGUUCUGUUUCUUAUUUUUAAUUUAAGAUGGAAUUGCAAUUGUCUGCAUCUUCUUUACAACCAUGACACUUUCACUACAGGUGUCAGACAGAGAUGUCGCAGCUCUAAUGUCAAUUUUGAUUAAACAUGGUUUGAGCUUUUAUUCAGCAGUGAAGGUGGUUAUUCUGAGUGGAUGUUUUGAAGCUCUGAUCUGUUGGUUAGAGCCCCAUCUAGUGACCUGAGAAGACGACUUAACUGAGUGUGAGACGUGUGUCUAAAUAAAUCAUGGCUUUCUGGACAGGAAUUAACCAAUUCUAGAAAACAAAGCAAUUAAAUGUGUUCAGAUACUCUUGGUAAAGGGGCCGCGUUCAGUAUCUGGUUCAUGACCACCAAUGUAUUGCUGUUAAUUACUGUUACUGUUCAUUUUGUGCAACUUUACACUACUGCUCCACUAGUUUUACUCCAUUACAUUUUUUUCUGAUGGCUUUACUAGGCUACUUUCCAGAUAAAGAUUUUAAAAAACCAUACACAGAAUCAGUCCUGCAAUAAAUGUUUCCUUCAUGAAGGUUAUAAUGUUCUUUUUUCAACUGUGUGAUCCUUUUAGAGGAUGUACUUUGUGGUGGAAUUGUAUUGCAUUCUACCAAGAGGUGUUUCUAAUAUUUAAUCUAACCUCAUUUAUAUAUAUUGGUUGGCCAAAAUAUUAGAAAUGCCUCUUAGAGUCCUAAAGGCAAGAUUUAUUGAUGGGGUAUUGAAGUGAUAAAUGGCACCUUUCUUGUCUUCUGACCAGUCAAAGCACUUUUACAAUACAGAG